AUGUCCAACAAGGCAAACACUGGGAAGGUGGACUCCAAUUCAUACCGCAUCUUCGUGGGAGGGCUUCGAAAGACGACCACAGAGGACCGCAUCCAUGCGCACUUUGCCAGAUUUGGCGAGGUGCAGGUUGUGGAGAUCAAGCGCCAGCCCGAUGGCACUUCUCGAGGGUUUGCCUUCGUGCGAUUUGCACGGCUUGACUCUGUGGAUCGGGCAAUCGAGGCCCACGCUCAGCACAUGAUCGACAACAAGUGGGUAGAUGUGAAACGGCACGACAGUGAUGCCCACUCUGCUGGGCCCGCUUCUGCCUACCGGGAGGACCGAGAGCGGAAGAAGAAAAAGGCUACGGCUAGUAGCGAUGACGAUGCUGUGGACGACAGCAAGGCCGCGCGUUCGAUGCUUCAACAGUCAAUGAAGAAUGCCAUGGGACAGGUCGACGGCGACGAGAAGGCCGAGAAAGGCAUGAAUCCGGCCAUGAUGAUGGGAAUGAUGAGCAUGAUGAACCCGAUGAUGAUGGCUUCCAUGAACCCCAUGAUGGCCAUGAAUAUGAUGGGUAUGCAAUCCAGGUCGGAAGGUGGUGAUGGCGCAAGCGGGCAGCCCGGGCCGCCAAAAGCAGGAAGUUGUGCACAAAGCAAUGGCAUGGGAAACUUUGGAAGCGUUCAAGGUGAGGGUGUGUGUGGGCAAGGCUGUAUGGGUGGUCGUGGUUGCUGUGGUGGCUUUGGCUGCGGUGGUUGUGGUGGCUGCCCUGUCUGUAGUGGCUGUGCUGGCUGUGGUGGCUGCGGUGGCUGCGGUGGCUGUGGUGGCUGCGGUGGCUUCGCUGGCUGCGGUGGCUGUGGUAGCUGUCCGGGCUGUGCUGGCUGCGGAGCUUGUGGUGGUUGCGGUGGUUGUGGUUGCUGCAGUGGCUGUAGCUGUUGCGGUGGCUGUGGUGGAAGCCCUGCUUGCUGUUGUGGUGGGGCUUGUGGCAACAGCGUGUUGGCCGGAGGUCCUGGCAGUGGUGCCAACAUGAGUGUUGGACAUUGCGCGGCCAACACCGCGCCUGGUUGCCCCGGUUGUGGGUUCGUUGGCGGCGGUAGAUGUGCUGCCAGCACUGACAGCGGCCCGGUCUCAUCAAAAUCUGGAAGGUCGGCUCCGUACUAG